ACGUUGCAGCAUAACCAAGAAAUCUAGGAACCCAGCCAGGCUCCUCUCGAGUCUGUCCUUCCCCAAUACACCUCUUUUGGGGCCGUCGACGGUGGGGAGUAUGGCUUCCGUUCUUCUCUCCCUGAUUCUUCCGAUUCCGAAGCAGCUCCCUACUUUUUGGAAGAAGGAUCCUAGAUCGCUCCCUUCCCUUCUCCACACAACCCCUAUUCGAAACCCUAGGUCCCGUAGGGGGUUCGCGGUGUUUGCAGAGGGCAAUGGACUCAAAAGAGACGACGCCGAGGAGAGGGAAUCUGGCGAUGACGGAGGAGACCUGAAGAGGGACCGACUGCCGGCGUUCAAUCUCCGGUGGCGCGACCUCCUGUACCCGGAUCCCGAGAACAUUGUGGCCAUUGGAUUGACGGGCCUCCUCACGUGGGCGAGCGUUCAGGUCUUGUGGCAGCUCUUCUUCAUCUCCAUCGCCAUCCUUCUCGCAGCUCUCAAGUACUCCUUCAUCGCCGCUCUCCUUCUCUUCAUACUGAUUACCCUCCUUUGAUACGAAAGCUUGCUCUUUGCCAAGGAAAGAUUCGAUCUUGAGAGCUUGUGUGUCCUUAAUUUUAUCAACUGUUUAAGGGUAUCUACUGUCAGGUAUGUACAUAUAGGUACUCUCUAGCAAAAUUUGGGGAAGCUGAAUUGUAUGAGUCUAUGAGAUAGGGUCUAUGGCUUCUUGGCCAUCGUAAAUGGUAAAAUGAUAAGUGUUCAAAGGACUGUUGACGGGAAAGAACGUUGGCUUCUACCUUCUGCCUUUAAAGAGAACAAGAGCAGAAAUUUGGUCUGUGCGUCGAUUUGAGCGAUGCUUUCUGUGGCAAAGUAAUGGAGCAGGUUGCCUUUCCUCGAUAAAUCAAUGUACGCAAAAGAAUUAUUUGUUUAUGAUGAACCGAAAUUAUGAUACGUGAAUGUGGUACAACUUAAUAAUUGUGUUCCUGAGAGAGAAAGCAUAAUGAUUUAUGGCCACUAUUAGACUAGUUCAAGUAAUUUGGACAGCAGUCCUCUUUCUGA